CUCACCAUCCGCGUCACGGACGUCAACGACAACGCUCCCAAGUUCGAGCUGCCCGAUUACCAGGCGCACAACGUGGACGAAGAUAUCCCGCUCGGGACGUCCAUACUUAAAGUGAAAGCCAUGGACGCGGAUUCCGGUGUGAACGCCGAGAUCGUGUACCAGGUGAGCGACGAUCAUUUCGCCGUCGAYUCUUCGGGCAUCGUCAACAACAACAAGCAAUUAGACGCCGACAACAACAACGCGUAUUACGAAUUCGUUUUGACUGCCAAAGACAAAGGAGAACCUUCGAAGACGGGCACGGCCACCAUACGGAUUUACACGAAAAACAAAAACGACGAGGAGCCAAAGUUUUCGCAGCAGGUGUACACGCCAAACGUUGACGAAAACGCCGGUCCCAAUACGCUGGUGACCACUGUGGUAGCUUCCGACAAGGACGGCGACAACGUCAG